GACGAAAUCCGAAAAUUGCUUCGCUUAUUGGUAAAUUUAUGGAAAACACAAAUCAAUUCGGUGAGGUUAAGUUCGAAGAGAGAACAAUAGGAAUAGGGAGCUGGGCGGGAAGAAUAGGAGAAGUGGCAAAAGAUGACGUUGUGACAAGGAUGUAUUCUAUAAAACCCGCGUUAAUGAAUCAUAUAAAUAGUCUCGGUAUAGGGAUCACAUCAGACGAUUAUGACGAAAUGAUUACACAAUCGAUAGAGGAAUUUAAUGAAUAUCAAACAUAUUUUGUUACUUGUAGAUGGUAUGCGAAGAAAUUCCAACAUCUUUGA